CGUUGGCAAAGGGCAGCCCCUGCUGCGCUCAGUUCCUCAGCUUCCGAGCAAAGGACUGGGCCGUAGGACUCCUCAUCGUCGUGGGCAGCGAUCGAAGCCACAAACCAGCUAUGCGACGACGAUGACCCCAUAACAAGACCAAUGGGAGCCGAGGCCAAGGCGGAACGAGCAGCGGCGCCGGCUCCCGCCGACAGCAAGGCCAGCGACGAGCUCUUCGCGAAGCUCAAGGAGAAAGUAGCGCCGCCCGUAGCAGAAGCGAAAGGUGAAGAGAAGUCGGACGAGCCAAAACUGAACUACGUCCAGCGGCAAGAAAAACGCAUCAAGGAGCGCCAGGAACGUCUAGCGGCGGCCGCCGAGGCCAAGGCCGCCGAGGAGGCGAAGUACGCGGACGAGAAGCCCUAUGAUGCGGGGCGGUGGAGCAACGCGCAGGGCGGCUGGGAUACAUCUCAGUGGGAUUCGACAAAUUACGACACGGCGGCCUACGAGCAGAGCCACUAUGACCAGUCGCAGUAUGCCUCGGGGUAUGAUGACGGCACCCAAUACACGUACGACGACGGCACGCAAUACCACGCCAGUCAGUACGAAGGUGGCGACCAGUCUGGCUACGAGCACUACGACCAGUCCGUCUACACGGAAGCGAUCCCCGAGGAGGGCCAAUACACGGAAGGCUACGGCCACGAAACGAUCUACACCGCGCCCGUCGCCGAGGAGCCCUCUGCGUUCGGCGGCGACGCGAGCGUUUAUAGUGCGGCGUACACCGCCGACCCCUCCGAAUAUGCUAGAGAAGAGCCGCAGCUUGAAGCCUCGACGGAGCAGCGGCUCUCGACGUACUCGGAGGAGCCGCAGCAAGUCGAGCUCGGUCCAAGGUGCCCCGACGCCUACACCGGCUACUUCGACACCGUGCGCCAGGAGCCCUACGCCUACGACGAGGCCACGGGCGAGUGCGUCUACGCCAUUGCUGAGGAUGGAGCCGUCUUCGAGGCCGACUAUAGGCAGGUCUUGUGGGUGAGGCCCUACGAGAGCUCGUCCAUCGUCGCGGCGCCGCCCGAAAGGCGCCCUAGGACGCCGUCCACGCAAAUGGUUGAGUAUGAAGAGGAGCGCGCCGCCUUGAUCGUCCAGGCCGCGGUCCGGCGAGGCCAGGCCUGGGCCCGAGCCUGCGAGAGGGCCAUUUCACUGUAUGUGAAAAAACUCGACGAGGAGACGGCGUUCUACGCCUAUGAAUUGGUGGAAGGUGAGACCAGAUGUGAUGAGAAGGAGAUAUAUCUUGUAAGCGCGCUCUGCCCUCAAAUCGAGAAUGAGAGGUUAAGAAGCGCCCUCACGGUCAACGCAACACAGUGGCACCGCCCCGCCGUCCUCCUAGGCACGAGGAGACGACGAGGCUUAAUUCCAUACGACAAGGACUGCCCCGACCAAUCGGCAGACCUAGCCAUGUACGACGACCACAGUGAAAUCGUCUCACCACAAAAUGACGACGAAGUAGAUCGGUAUGCCUGGCGCGUGCCCAUGGAGCCCGCCUUGAUGCUCAAAGGCCCUUUCUGCGCGCGGACGGGCCGGGGCAAGACGUGUCGGUUCGCGAUCAACAAGCUGCCCGACUCGAAAGGGUUGCGGAACCACCACUCGGUGGACCAGAAAGUACCCUUGUUCUUGGACAACGACGAGAUCGAGUGCAGCGAGUGGAAACUGGGCGACUGGGUCCAGUGUUUUGAUGGGAUGGUCCUGAAGAAGGCGCGUGCGCGGCGUCCCGUUCGUCUCGGUCAGAGAAGGCGCUGGGUGGUUUCUUACGGGAGAUGCUCCGCGCAGGUCAUGGUCGAGCCCUACAUGCUUAGUAGGGGUGCUGGCGCCCAAGGCCCGACGGAGGUCGUGAAAUUGAUGCAGAAAAAUCUCAAAAGACCGACGGUGUUGUACUUCUGUCUGAUGAGCAUCGCGAAGAUGGAGUUGCGGGAGAGCGAGAUGGGCCUGGCGACGAAAGAAGCUUCCGCGUGUGUGCUGCAGACCUUGAAGACGUUAACAAGGUAUCCGAAAAAUGAGCCAUUAGUUGCGGCGGCUACGGGGGCCUUGGUCCAGCUCGCCCAAAAUUACGCGACACGAGAGGUGAUCUUAAAGGAGGAGUGGCAGCGGCUCGUCGUGAACGCGUUGAACAACCUCAAGAAGGAAUCGAAGGAGCAUCUCAUAACGACAGUCGACGGCCAAGAAAAAAUAACGGUGCACACGGCCACGCGGUGGGCGCGGGACACGGCGAUGAACGGGUGCCGGCUGUUUGGGGUCUUCGCGGCGGACCCGAAACGGCGGGAGGACUUCGCGGAGGAGGCGAUCAAAUCUUGUUUAGUAGUCCUCGCCUUUUGUGAUGAAAGCGCGACGGUCUGCUCGGCGGCGUGCGACUGCCUCUACAACUACUGCUACCGGUGCGAGUUCGCGGCUUUGUUGGCCGCGGAGCAGGGCGCCUACGAGAAGGUCCAGGAGGCCGUCGGGAAUUUCAUGAGUGAUGAGCAUUGCCAGAAGCAAUGUGAACGGGCGAUCAAAGUGUUGGCGCCGAACGGGUGGCGGGGGGAGGAGGUAACUUGAAUGAUAGUGGUUUCUCUGUCGUUCUUCGUUCUCGCCUCGACGGCGUCAACUCCGCCACCCGCGCCCGGCCGCGACGCGGAUAGCCAGGACGCGUACUCUUGGCCUCGCAUUGCUCUUGAGCCUUCCUGAGGCGCUCGAAUGGCGCCUAUGACGGGUGCGUGAUGCGGCGGCGGAGGCAAAGGCUGGCAUUUACCUGUGCAGCUGCGGCAUCACGCGGGACAACACGCCUGAACGCCGAGGCGAUACGCGAAGGCAACGUGUCGUCCGGUCACGUCAACGGGCGCGCAAGGCGUAAACGCGAAGUUGUCGCCCCCGUCGCCCUAGGCACAAAGUUAGGCCAGCCUUGUUUGCGAUGCCGGACCGCGUUGCCGGAACAGCUGUACUACGCGCGGCCGGCGCCGGGCCCGCCGGCGAGCCUCAACCCGACGUUAUUGGGCGCGAGCCCGCCGCCCGUACCGGCGCCCGUGCCGGCGCAGGCGUCGGCCGUGAACCCUGUUUUCAUGCCGGCCGGGGCGUUCUACGGUAGCAUCCCGGGCUACGUCUUCAAGCUCGGCCCGUGGGGCCUCGGUUAUUAUCUCGACCUGCCUCCGGCGCCCUCUACCGCCGUGAUCGCGCAGCAGAUGGCCCAGACGCGCGCGCCGCAUCUCACGGCGCCGGCGGUCGCGCCCGCGCCGCAAGUGCAGGCGCUCGCGCCCGCCGCGGCGGCUCUGCCCCCGGCGCGACUCAAACCGCCGCCGCCGCGCACAAAAGGCCUUAAAGCGCCAGAUGCCGCCCCACAAGUUCCGGCGGCGCCCCAAGCUGCGCCGGCGCCGGCGUCGACGGCCGCCUCGCCCGCGCCCGCGGCGCCGGCGUCGACGCGCCCGUCCCGCUGGACGCGCGAAGAGGAGGGAAGAUUGCGAAGCCUCGUCGCCGAGCUAGGUGACAACUGGAGCCUCGUCGCCGAGCGGCUCGGUACCGGGCGGUCGGUCGGCGCCUUGGAGACCAAGUGGUCGAAGCUGGAGGCGGCCGCGCUGCGCGACCUUGUGCCCGACGCGCUCCCGGCACCGGCGCCCGCGCCCGUGAGAGAGGUGGACGAGUCCGACGACGAGGUCAUGCCUACGAGAAAAAAACGCGGGUACGUCACGCUCUCAGACCGCGCGCCCAGACCUUCCAGACCGCCCGACACGUCCUCCUCGGACGACGAGGUCAUGCCUACGAAACGGCCGCGCGGUCCCCCAAGACGGCGGGGUAACUAAGUAGCCACGACUAAA